AUGGCUACCAUCAAUAUCCGCCGCGAUGUCACUGACCCCUUCUACCGUUACAAAAUGGAACGUCUUCAAUCUAAGAUUGAAGGGAAGGGAAAUGGCAUCAAGUCCGUCAUCGUGAACCUAAGCAGUGUUGCUCAUUCUUUGAGCCGUGAUCCUGCCUAUGUGGUCAAAUUCUUCGGUUUUGAACUGGGUGCCCAGGUCACUGCAAAUCCCUCUGAUGACCGUUACAUCAUCAAUGGUGCACAUGAUUCUUCAAAGCUCCAAGAAUACCUUGACACUUUCAUCAGCAAGUUUGUUUUGUGCAAACAGUGCAAGAAUCCCGAAACAGAUCUGAUUAUUCAGAAGGACGAAUCCAUCAUUCGUGACUGCAAAGCCUGUGGUCAACGCACUGAUGUUGAAAUGCGUCACAAGCUCUCUUCAUACAUCGUGAAAAAUCCCCCAAAGAAGAAGGUCAGGACUACCUCUUCUAGAAAGAGCACCAAGGGGUUGAAGGAUGGCGAGAAUGGUGGUUCACCAAAGGACAGCGGUUCCGAGGAUCAAGGAGAUGUCGAUGCAGAUGGUGGAUCGGAUGAUGAGCUUACCAAACGCAUCAACGCCGAAGCAAGGGAGCUUGCGGCCAACGGGAACACUCCUGAUAUCAAGGAUGAUGAGUGGGCCGUCGAUAUGUCUGAAGAAGCUAUCAAGGCUCGUGCCAAGAAUCUCCCGGACGACUUGAAGCGAGCCCUCGUCAUCGAGGGUGAAGAUGAUGAGGACGCUGAGGGUGCAGAUAACCCAUAUGAUCAACUUGGAUCUUGGAUCGUCGCCCAAAAGAAGGAGCAGGACGGGAAAAUCGAUGAUAUUGAAGUUUACAAGAAGACCCAGGAGCUUGGAAUUGAGAAGAAGCAUAAGACAUUGCAGGUUCUGGCCCAGACACUUUUUGAUGAGAAUAUCAUCAAGGAUAAUCAGGUCAAAAAGCAUGUUGGCCUUCUCAAGAAGAUGAUUACUUCUGAUCGCCAUGAGAAAGCAUUCCUUGGUGGAACCGAACGCUUUGUUGGCAAAGAGUUUCCCAAACUCAUAAACUCAAUACCCACGAUUCUUAUGGCUUACUACGAAAAUGAUCUUGCCACCGAAGAGACUAUCACGAAAUGGGGUAGCAGGGCGAGUAAAAAAUAUGUUGACGUUCAGACAAGCAAAAAGGUUCGCAAAGCUGCAGAACCUUUCUUGAAGUGGCUCGAGGAGGCAGACGAGGAUGGCAGUGAUGAUGAGGAGGAGGAAGAGGAUGAGUAG